AUGGGUUCCAUAGCCAACGAGAACAAUGAGACGCCGACGCCGCUGCUGAUCAGCGGCUUCACCGUGACGGUGGUGAAGAAGGAGCUGGUGGCGGCCGCGCUGCCGGUUCAGGAGCAUUGGCUCCCGCAGUCCAACCUCGACCUGCUCGUGCUGCCGUUGGACGUCGGGGUAUUCUUCUGUUACUCCACGGCGCCGGCGGGCGGCAGAGAUGCCGCGGUGGCCGGGCUGAAGAAUGGGCUGGCGCAAGUGCUGGUGUCGUACUACGCCUUGGCCGGCGAGGUGGUGAUGAGCUCCAGCGGGGAGCCGGAGCUGCUGUGCAACAACCGUGGGGUGGAGUUCUCUGAGGCUUACGCUGACGUGGAGCUCAGGGAGCUUGACUUGUAUAAGCCGGACGAAUCCGUUGGAGGCAAGCUUGUUCCUCGUAAGAAGGACGGCGUUUUGGCUGUUCAGGUGACAGGACUGAGAUGCGGGGGAAUCAUGGUGGGAUGCUCGUUCGACCACCGCAUCGCCGACGCUUACUCUUUCAACAUGUUCCUAGUCUCAUGGGCCGAAUCGGCCCGGUCCGAGCCCAUCUCCGUCCACCCUUCGUUUCGCCGCUCUCUGGUCAACCCUCGCCACCCACGGCCACUGUCCUCCAACCCGAUCCUCGAUGACAUGUACAUCCCAGUUUCCUCCCUCCCGCCGCCAUCCUCCUCCGACGACCGGCCUACCCUAAAAAGCCGAAUAUACCACGUCAAAUCCGAGGAGUUGGUCAAACUACAGGACCUUGCCAACACACAUGGGAACAAGAAGAAUCGUUUCUCGAAGCUGGAGUCGUUUUGCGCACACCUCUGGAAGCUGGUGGCGAAAUCUGCCCGCAAAGACGACGUCGUGUCGAAGUUGGGGAUCGUGGUGGACGGUCGAUCUAGAUUGGGGGACCAGAUGAUGAGGGCCUACUUUGGGAACGUGAUUUCAGUUCCGUACGGGGGGAGGCGCGUGGAUGAGCUGGACGGGAGCUCGCUGGGCCAGGUGGCCGGUUGGGCCCACGAGUUUCUGGAGCGUGGGGCGAACCGGGAGCACUUCGUGGAGCUCAUUGACUGGGUGGAGGUUCAUAGGCCGGAGCCGACCAUGCCGGAGAUAGUUGGCAUCGGUAGUGCGGAAGGGCCGGCGUUGGUCGUGUCGUCCGGCCGUGGGUUCCCGGUGAGCCGGGUGGAUUUCGGGUGGGGUCCGCCGACUUUUGGGUCGUAUCAUUUUCCAUGGGGUAGCACGGCUGGGUAUGUGAUGCCAAUGCCUAGCCCGAACGGGGAAGGGGAUUGGAUGGUAUACAUGUAUAUGCUCAAAGAGCAGUUGGAGUUGAUUGAGAGAGAGGCUGCCUCUGUUUUUAGGCCGUUCACUUGGGACUAUGUCGUAUGA